GAAAAGGAAGGUCGUAGGAAAAGUUCAUGUGGUUUACAAACUCAGCUGAGUUUGUUGCAGUGGGAUAAUUUUUCAUAGAAUAACUUUUCUACCAAAAAACGAGAAUAAUUUUGUUUGUGAUUAUAAGUAGCAUUUUAUUUUCAAAGUAAUUGAUCUUUUUUCUGUUUCAAGGAAAUAUCAGUAAAUUAAUUUACCCUACGCCCUUGAGCGAAGUUAUAUAAUCUAUUUAAAAUAUGGUGAAGGAUAAAGAUUCUGAUACUCUCACUGCAUCUACAAAUGAAACUGUUAAUGGUCAUUCUAAUAUGGAAGAAAAUGAUGAAUACGAUGAACUGACUAAAAAAUUAAAAGUCGCUGCAGAAACUCCUUUAUCACCAUAUUCACUACCUAAGGACAAGGCCUUAGAAAACAGUGGAGUUAAAAAUAGUCUUAAUGAUGCUGAAGAUGAAUCAAUUUCAAAAUUGACUUCUGAACUUGGUGUGAUAGAAAAUGGCAAAUUUAAUGAAAAAAAGAAUGAAUCUGUUCUAGAUCCUAGCAAAGACCAAGAAUUUGUUUUUAUACAUGAUGCAGGGUUUGUUGUAAAAAUUGUUGCACCUGGAGUUGAAUCUUUCGAUAUUCAAGUAAGUUCUACUGAACUCGUUCAAGAAAUUCAUCAGAUGUUAAUGGACAGAGAGGAAACUUGCCACAGAACAUGUUUUUCAUUGCAAUUAGAUGGUGUGACAUUAGAUAAUUUUGCUGAAUUGAAAACUAUUGAAGGUUUAGGUGAAGGAUCUGUCAUUAAAGUUGUUGAAGAACCAUAUACUGUUAGAGAAGCACGCAUUCAUGUUAGGCACAUCAGAGAUUUGCUGAAAUCUUUGGAUCCUGCUGAUGCUUAUAAUGGCGUGGAAUGCAGUUCAUUUUCAUUUUUGAAUACUAUUACACAAGGUGAUAUUCUAGAGAAGAAAAAAAGCCGUCCUGAUUCAGUUGAUUGCACUCCAUUAGAUUAUAUCCUUCCUUCAUCCAAUGAUUUACCUUUAUUACCUCUUCAGCCUCAAUCUAAAGAUCCUAAAAUUGCACCAGCCUUAAAGGUUUUAACCAUUAGUGGUUGGAAUCCUCCGCCAGGUUUAAGGAAACUCCGUGGUGAUUUGCUUUAUCUUUAUGUUGUUACUGCAGAAGAUAAAAGACUUCACAUCACAGCUUCAACUCGUGGAUUUUAUAUUAAUCAAACAACAGAUGAAGAGUUUAAUCCUAAACCUGCUACUCCUAAGCUUAUUUUUCAUUCUCUUGCCGAUUUAUUAGGACAGGUGAGUCCUAUAUUUAAGAGGAAUUUCAACCUCAUUCAGAAGAAGCGUACACAGCGUCAUCCUUUUGAGCGUGUGGCUACACCCUAUCAAGUUUAUACAUGGGCAGCACCUAAUUUAGAGCAUACUGUUGAUUCUAUUCGAGCUGAAGAUGCUUUCUCUGCUAAACUUGGUUAUGAAGAACAUAUUCCUGGCCAGACUAGAGAUUGGAAUGAAGAACUCCAAACUACCAGGGAGUUGCCUAGAAAUACCUUACCUGAACGUCUUGUACGUGAGAGAGCUAUUUUCAAAGUUCACAGUGAUUUUGUUACAGCAGCUACCAGGGGUGCAAUGGCUGUAGUAGAUGGAAAUGUAAUGGCCUUGAACCCUGGAGAAGAGACUAAGAUGCAGAUGUUUAUUUGGAAUAACAUUUUCUUCAGUCUUGGAUUUGAUGUUCGAGACCAUUAUAAAGAAGUAGGAGGUGAUGCUGCUGCUUUUUCUGCACCAAAUAAUGAUCUUCAAGGUGUUAGAGCUUAUAAUGCUGUUGAUGUUGAGGGAUUGUAUACCCUUGGUACAGUGGUAAUUGAUUAUCGUGGCUACAGAGUUACUGCGCAGUCUAUUAUUCCAGGUAUUUUGGAAAGGGAACAAGAACAUUCUGUUGUCUAUGGAUCUGUAGAUUUUGGAAAAACUGUUUUAACACAUCCCAAGUACCUUGAAAUGUUGAAUAAAGCUGGACAGCCUCUAAAAAUUCAACCUCAUAAAGUUUUGAAUGAAAAGGACGAAGAAGUUGAAUUAUGUUCAUCUGUUGAAUGCAAGGGCAUUAUUGGAAAUGAUGGACGUCAUUAUAUUCUUGACUUAUUACGAACCUUUCCACCUGAUGUGAAUUUUCUCAUUCUUGACAGUGAGGAAUUAUCUAAAGAGGCCCAAGCUUUAGGAUUUCCACGCAAUCAUAGGCAUAAACUUUGCUGUUUAAGGCAGGAAUUAAUAGAUGCUUUUGUUGAUUCUAGGUAUAUGAUGUUUAUAAAGCUAGCAGCAUUCCAUUUACAACAGCUUGGUGUAAAGAAUAUUAUUGAUAAGAAAGUGACUCAGAAUGCUGAGAAUGCAUCAACAGAUGUAAAAGAUGACAGUUGUGAUAAAAAAGAUGAAGAAAAGACAGAGACCAUUGAAGAGAAUGUUACUACUAAUGGUGAAAAUGAAAAAAAGAAUGAGCAGGAGCCAGAUUAUCAAAAGAUAGUUGAAAGUAUCACAAAGAAAGAUAAAAAUGAUGUUGAUAGUACAAAAGAAGUAAUAAAGAAGGCUGCAAUAGCAGUUGGAUCCUUAAAAGAAACAGAAUUUGAUUUGAGAUUUAAUCCUGAUGUUUUUUCACCUGGUGUGAGGCAUCCAGAAUCACAGAUUGAAAAAUUAAAGAAGGAAAAGCAACUUGUUAAGGAUGCUGCAGACUUUUUGUUAACAGCCCAAAUACCUGGCUUUAUUAGAGAUUGUUUGGAUCAUUCAACAUCUCCCAUUGAUGGAGUAACACUCACAGAGGCUCUUCAUGGAAGAGGUAUUAGCAUGCGAUACUUAGGAAAAAUCACUGAAAUGGUUGCCAAAAUACCUCAGUUGCAUUAUUUGUAUAGAAUCAUGGUAUUGGAACUCAUCACUCGAACUGCCAAACAUUUAUUUUCUCAUUACAUCCAAUCUGUUGAAACUAUGUGUUUGUCAAGUGCUAUUAGUCAUUUUCUCAAUUGCUUUUUAUCAUCUUGUACAAAUUUGCCAAGUCCUGUAUCAUCUGAAGAAUUACAAGUGAAGUACAAAAAGAAGGGAAAACGAAAGGGAAAGCAGAAUCCUUUGCGAUUUGAAGAUAACAAUGAAUGGGCUUUGCUUUCAACUAAAAUCUUUUGGACCAAUAUGAAGAAUGAACUACUAUCAUAUUAUGCUUGGGAACUACCUUGUGAUACAAUUGAUGCAAUUGUAGAAAAAUUCUCUUAUCACAAACUAUAUAUCAUGCGUUCUUUUUGCGUUAAAACUGGAGUUCAGAUUUUAUUAAGAGAAUAUAAUUUUGACCAUAAGACAAAGCCUAUCUUCUCAGAAGAUGAUAUAUUGAAUAUAUUUCCUGUAGUAAAGCAUAUUAAUCCACGAGCCACUGAUGCUUAUAAUUUCUACACAACUGGACAAUCUAAGAUACAACAAGGUUUCCUAAAAGAAGGUUAUGAGUUAAUAACAGAAGCUCUAAAUCUAUUAAAUAAUGUUUAUGGUGCCAUGCAUCCUGAAAUUUCACAAUGUCUUCGGAUGUUAGCUAGGUUAAACUAUAUAAUGGGUGAUCAUGCAGAGGCUAUGGCAUUUCAGCAGAAAGCUGUUCUGAUGAGUGAACGUGUGAAUGGUGUUGAUCAUGCAUAUACAAUCUCUGAAUAUACACAUCUCGCCUUAUAUUGUUUCGCAAAUUCUCAGAUAACCACUGCUUUGAAGCUUUUAUAUCGUGCUAGGUAUUUAACUCUUCUGGUCUGUGGGGAAAAUCAUCCUGAAAUGGCUGUUCUAGAUAGUAAUAUUGGUCUUAUUUUGCAUGCUGUUGGAGAAUAUGAUUUGUCUCUUAGAUUCCUAGAAAAUGCCUUAAAGUUAAACAUAAAUUACUAUGGAAGCAAGAGUUUGAAAGUUGCAGUCAGCUAUCAUCUUGUAGCUAGAACUCAGUCAUGUAUGGGUGAAUUUCGUGGUGCUUUACAGAAUGAGAAAGAAACAUACAGCAUUUACAAGCAACAGCUUGGUGAAGUCCAUGAGAAAACUAAAGAAAGUUCCGAGUGCUUGCGGCAUUUAACUCAACAGGCUGUGGUGCUCCAAAAGAAGAUGAAUGAAAUUUAUAAAGGAAAUUCUAGUGCCAUACUUCCACCUAUUCAAAUUCAGCCACCAUCUUUAAGCAGUGUUCUAGAUAUGUUGAAUAUUAUCAAUGGAAUUUUGUUUGUACAGAUUAGCCAACAAGAUAUUGAAAAUUUUAGAGCUGAAUUUGAAAGACGGCAGUUGAAAGAAUCUGACUCACCUAAAAAGGACUCAGAGGCUGAAGUUAAUGGACUUACUACUGUGACAGAAGCAACCAAUUCCAAUGAAUCAAGUUAAUUUCGAAACGUCCAAACUAGAGUUUAAAGCACAAAAUAUAGAUGAGGUUUUUUCCUUGGAGAAUUUGUUUUCCAUGGGCAUAAAGACUAUAGAAAAAGUUAGCAUUUUAGAUAAGCUUUUCAAGAAAGGAAAAUGUCAUUGUGAUUGCAAAUGGCAAGAGACUGAAGUUUUCAAAUUGUUUGUGCUGUGGACGGCAUUUAAAUAUCAUUUUCUUCAUUCUAAAUUGUCAUUUUUCAAAGCUGCCCCUGAAAUAUGUUGUACUAAAGAGUAUAAAGAAGGCACGUGGGGUAUAAUUUUUGUAACAGAAAAUUUUCUAUUUUUUUUACACUAAAAGAAUUCUUAGCCUUGAAAUAGUUUGGAUAAAUAUCUGAGAUCGGUUGAGAUAACUGAUGAGUUAUUUAAUUUUAAAUUUAAUUAUGUGAACUUGAUUUUUUGUUAUUUUUGUUUGAUUUAUGUGACUACUUUAAAUCAAUUUACAAAUAUAAAUGUGAAUUACUUAUUCAUAUCGUAGAUGAAUGGAAAUGUCUGCUGUUUAGAAUGAACUCCUUUAUUCUGAUAAAUUCAUUGAAAUCAUUGGGGGGAAAAUAAUGAAUGAAAAGUGAAUUUUUUUCCAGAAAUUCUUGCAAAUUUACUAUAUUAUUUUUCCAAAAGAGGACUUUUAAAUGUAUUGUUAUCAAUAGUUUCAAAUUUGAAAUUAAAGAAAUUCACAUUUUAUUUUACACUCUUUAAAUAUGAAAUUCAACAGAAUUUUUUUUUCAUUUAAAUUCCAUUACAAAGUGGUAAGCAAUAUUAAACAUCAUUAACUUUUCAACUGAGUAAUAGUUUUGUGCCAAAUAGUUUAUUUUUAUGUUUAAAAAUUCAUAUUCUGAAUUCAUUACGGGUAAUUGAUAAAUUGAGAUUACUUUUGUUUCAUUCACUGUUUUAUUUUUAUUUAAAAUUCUUUAAAAAAGAUUUAAUAUCAAGCCAAAAGAACAUUUUUCAGUUUUAUAUAUUCAUCUAGCAAUCAAAUGUUUCUGCCUAUUUUUUGAGGAUGGGUGACAAUUUAUACAUUAAACUGCUUAAUAUUCUUCAUCAUAAUUUUUUUAUUUUAUGGAAGAGUUGUUUAUUUGCAUCGAUUUUCUUCUAUCACUGCAGAUGUUCAUUUUAAAUGAAUUGACAACAAAGAAGUUAGCAGUUAAUUUUUUUGUUUGAAACAAUAAUGAUGUGUUUUUUUCUCAAGAAAGUUAAUGAAAUACAGAAUUCUAUUUAUAAUGUAAACUUGUUAAAUGCCAAAAUAUGUAUAUUUCAUUUUAAAUGUUUGCCUUGUGUGAUAAACAGUCAUCCUUUUUUCUUUUGUACUCUAAUCAAGUGUUGAUUGUUUUUUUUCUGGUGAAUUUUUGCAUUCAUUCAAGAACUUUGUUUCACAAUUAGCUAUUUCAGUUGUAAUUUUUUUAGUAAUGUCUGAAACAUAAUCUUUUAGUCGUUUGCAUUAGAUUUUAAUUUUAGUCAAUUAAUCAUUCUAGUUGUACCUUCUCUUUGUAUUUUGUGUAUCAUUUGAGUUUUACCAUGAAAUUAUUUUGUAUUGACUUAGAUGAUUCUGAAUGAGAUAUUUUAGCAAGGAUAUUUUUGUAGUUUGUUUUUAUUAUCAUGUGUUUUUUUAGACUAGAAAUUUAUCAUUGGUUAAAAAAUUUUUUUUUAUUAUUCAAUCAAGGAAUGAAGUUUUUUUGUUUCUGGUUUACAGACUCUUGGAUCUGAUGUUGACACACACACAAAAAGUUCUUUAUAACCGACAAUUUCGAUUUUCAAUUUUGCCUUUAAAACUAUUUGCAACUAUAUUGGACUAUCUUUUAUUUUAGGCUCCUUGAUUUUAUUUAACAUUCAUUUUAGUUCUUCAUACAUUAAAUUUCUUAUGCAAAUAGUUUUUUUUUCAAUCAGUGGCGUUUUGUUUUGAUAUGCAUAUCAUUUUUAUUCUAGAUUGUUGUUCCUUCUAUUUAAACUGUUUUAUGUUGAGCAUGAUUUUACGUGCAAUAUUGUCGUAUGACGUAGGAUUAUGUGAUAGUGCUCAAGUCAGGAGUGAAGUGAAACAAUGAAUAGUAGUUGUUACUUUAUAAAAUUUAUCAUGUUAUAAGUAUAGUUAAAUUAAAAUACUUUAGAUCCUGCAUAUGGAUUUUAGGAAUAAAUUUAUUAUUAUUAGGCUUUUAAUAAUAAAGUAGCUAUUUAUUAUUCCAUUUUUAAAAUGUUUUUUGCAAUACAUUGUUUAUAACAAGAUGAAUAUAGAAGGCAUAAAAAUGAGUUUUAUUGUAGUUACACAUUUUCUUCAUUACUAAUAGAAUAGUUUUGCCUGUGAAACAUUCAUAAUAAAUAUUGCAUAUUGUUAAUCUAAGAGUUUUCAGUUAGAAUUUUUUUGUUCAUAAAAAUUAAGCAAAUUGAAUUUUCUUGUAAAAUCAUGCUUUUUUUUUUAAUAUUCAUAAUACUGAAAUUGAUUUUUUAAAAAAUAAUAUUGACUGAAGUUUGCUGCUGGUUGGUAAAAAUGUAAAGCUCUAGCUUACCUUAUGAUGGCAUAAUGUAAUUGAAAUUCUAUUGUUAAAAUUAAUUCUUAGUUGUUCUUUAAAAUGUAUUUAUUUUUUUACCAUAUUCUUUAAAUUAAAGUUAAAAUUUUUUCCUAUCGUUUUAAAAUUUCUCGAUUUUACAUCUUUAUUGUUAUAUUUUUUGAUGUAUUAAUGACCUUGAAAAAAAAUCGACUUUGUGUCUGCCAUAUUUAGAUUGGAAUCCAUUAAGAUUUAAAGAAGUGUCUUAGUCAGUUGUAACUAUUUUAUAUGCUACCAAUUUUUGAAUAAACAUUUUUUAUGCAUAUUUCUGUGAUCAACGAUAGUGACUUCAAAAUCUUUUAUUGAAGUUUCCAUACCUUGUAAGACUUUUUAAAUUAGUUUGUUAAAUAAUUUUCAGUUGCAUAUUUUGUUCUCAUUAUGAAGUAUUUUACAGUCCAAGAUUUUUACCACUGCAAGUUAGUGUUUGUGAAAAUCCACGGCUCUAUGCAUUGGCGAGUUAAAACUUAAUGCAGAUCUCAACAGUUGUGUUAUGUGUUGCCUCGCUUGCAUAACUUGUAGAACAAAAUAUGUCUCAGAUGCAAAUCUCACUUAAAUGCUCUCAAGAAACCUGAUGGGACCUAAUGUUUUACAAUUGUUAUAAUAAAAAUAAUUGAAUUUUG